GCUCUUUUUUUUUCUUCUUUUUUUUUUUUUAAUUUUAAAAUUGUACGUGACGCCGAAUGAGAGAUUCUUUUCUCGAGUCAUGCGGUUCGCGUGAAAGUGUGCAAUAAAAAAAAAAAAAAAAAGUAUUUUAUAACGACCUAAACGGAUGGCACGUUUCCAGCAUUGCAUACAUUUUCUUACAUGGAUUAUCUAUUUUCAUCGUUUUAUUUGAAAUGAAAAGAUAAAAAAAAUAGAAAAAAAAACAAAAAAAAAACAAAAUGGUGCUUGCGGAUGCGACGCUGACGGAUAAUCAUCACCGUCAGCGAGGAUUCGCGACAAAUGGCAACCCGGAAGGCAUCACUGUAUGUAAUCUGAUAGACGGAGAGACUCUGACCUAUAGUUUGGCCCUUAUACGCGGUCGGGCACCAUUGGCGUGUAAUUAUAUCACCGUUAGGGCUCAAAAAAAUGUGACAUCGGAAUGGCCAGUGGUCGGAGGCGAAUUUCGCGCGUUAGUUGAUCUUACGCGCGGAUCCAAUAAGAUGGAACUCGAGGCCGGAGGACACAAACGACGAUUAACUCUUUUGCAUGAACCGAGAACAACUAGGCUACGAGUGACACCGGUAUAUGUGGUAUGCGCGGGACACGAUGGCUAUUUCCAAGGACCACGAAGAGAGGAUAGAUCACCAGAAAGCGCGGCAACCAGAAUAGGUUUGGGUGCUAGACUCUUGCAAACUCUAACAGCGGAAAAAUUGAGGGAAGCUGGACACGGAAAGAAGACGUUUCAAUUGGAACGCGAUCUGGACGGUCCAGAAUGCUUGGUGAUGCACAGUAUGCUUCACGUCGACAGAGCACGAGCUAUGUCACAACGAGAAUUAUGGGAAUUGAUCGCACGCGAAUUGAUGACCGGUCCGUUAGCAUCGAAGGACCGGAAAUAUCUAGCUUUCUUAUCUUGCACGAGGUAUCGCGGUGCGCCGAGUCCCCGUACUCACGAAGAUACCUUAGCGAGAACGCAAGGUCAUGCUGCUUUGGGUGGCGGUGGUUUAGCUCUUUUCGGCUCAGCUUGCUUGCAUACGUGGCCUACCUGCAUGGCUCAAGUACUGCCCCGAUUUUUAGACACCACGGUCGUUGACACCGAACAACUGAUGGACGAUAGCAAUUAUCGAGGUACCCAUGGUGGCUGUUUAGCGACUACUCUUGGAUCGGUUUUACACGAACUCGGGCACACGUUCGAUCUCGGACAUACGAGGGAAGGUAUUAUGGGACGUGGUUUUGAUUACGUCGACAGGGUCUUCGUUGGAGCGGCUGGAAUCGAUUUCAAUCGUAAUCCCAUCAGGAGAGAUCCACAACAUACAACUGUUGCUCUCAGUAGACCUCUCAGCGUCACGGUUACAGUACAAGAACCGGUAUUGUCUAGCCCCCGGAGAGGACGACUUUUAUCUGAGACAUCCAGGCCAUCACCAUCGGCAAAUGCGAGACAACUUCCUGGCAGACUAUCCGCUCCCGCUAGUCCCGAACUUAACAGAUCUUUCUCUAAGACUUUAAACGCGGCCGAACUACCUUCUCAACCGGAUAGAACUUUCUGGGGACCUUCUUGUGCCGCGUUGCUCGCUUAUCAUCGAUGGUUCAACACCGAAGCUGAUAAUCAUUCCAACAGACGUCAUAAUGACAUAGAAUACGAUGGUAAAAGGAACGUGGCACGUUCUCGAUAUGGUGUUAGAGUGAUCGAACUUAGAGAAACUUCCGGUGGUAUGGUCGUUGGUUCUCGUCAAUUUCCUGGUACUCGGCCACCUUUAGAAGCAUUGGUACCACCACCUCCACCUCACUGCCUGGCAGCUUUAACUCUAGUCGCUGAGGAUUCCACGGGGAACAUACUCAAACACGAGCUUCCAACUGCCUUCUGAAGGUCGUUGGAAUUAUUACGACCGACCGAACCAUUUUUCCUUGCCUUACCAGCCAAAGAGAAUGAACAAAAAAUUCUUUAACAUACCUAGAAUUCAUUUUGAACCGCCGGUCGGUCCCAACAAUGCGGUAACCGCGGCGAAGAAUGCUUCGUAGUUCAAGCAGGUUUUGUUCGCGGCUAUUAGACAUCUUAUUAUUCUAAUAAUCUAAUACGUACUUUACUCGAACACUUGUACUCUCGCUCUCUCUCUCUCUCUUUUUCUCUCUUUUUUGAAUAAUAUAAGUUCUUUUUUAAAGCACAAAAGUCUUCGAUUCAUGUUAAAUAUAAUAUCGUACUGCCAUCUUACACUUUCAUCAUUUUCAUCGCUUUCGAGGAUAUUCUCUCAUCGUGUAUUAAACGCGAUACCUGAAAAUAUAUCGUUCUUAUAUUAGAAGGGGUGUCGGUUAAUUGGCGAAGAAGUGCUAAAAUUUAGGAAUCUAAAUAAUUAUUUAAUUUCGAAAAAUAUACUGAUACUCCGAAGAAAAAAAAAAAAUGUGCUUCUAUAAUUCAAUAUAAAGAAGAAGAAAAAAAAACAAAAAUCAAAAAAAAAAAAAAGGAAAUAAAAUAAAAUGAAAGAAAAAAUACCUGUAAUAAACAUGAUCACGAACAUUUCUAAUCGUAAAUUAUUAGACAACAGGGAUUUUAUACCAUCGAAAUAAAAUUCCAUUUCUAGUCGAUCAACAGGGCAUAGAUCUCGUUCACGUGCGAUACAUCUUAUCUUCGUGGUUUUUUUUUUUUUUUUUUUUUUUUUUUUUUUU